AUGGAGCAAUGGCGUCGCUCAUCAAGAUAUGUUGAAGAGAUACAUAAACAAGACCUAAUGCGUUAUAAUAUUCUUGAUACGACUAAAUCUUCUGCAACAGAAGCACGAAAUCUCUUCGGGAAGCAUUGGGGUGAUAUUAUUGGAACAAUAGAAGAAUUUUUAACGUCUAACCCCGAUGCAACAUCAUUAGCUCCAGAAUCUGCUUCCGCUUUAGCUUCGAUUGACCAGGACAUAGAACAAGAUGGAAGGGCAGAUGAUGUCAAACAAUAUAUAAAAAGUAUAUUGAAAAAUGUGAAUACCGCGGAAAAAUUACGUGAUGUAAUCAGAAUAGAGUGUGAAAAGCUACGGGAAAAUGGAAAUACAAUAUGGAGGAAACGGGUUUUAGAUUUGAUGGAAAUAUUGCAAACAGAAGGACAUUACAUAAUUAAGUUUGUUUCCCAUAUCUUUACCAUGCUAUUCGAAGAUCAGUUGUUUUUGGACUGUAGGUGGGGUGAAUCAACCUUGCAAUGCUCUGCUGAUCAGCUGAACCAAUCAUUAAGAGACGAUGAUCGACGAUGUACCGGAAAUAAAAUUGACGCAAUUAUAUCAAUGGUGGAUUUUGAUUUGGAGGUGUCAACUUUGGAAGUUUCAGGAUCUCCAUCAUGUCCUGACCAUACCCACUAUGUUGGGGAUAGAAAUAAAACCGCCAAGGGGCUAAAGAUCAUACUGAACUUUAUUAAAGUCAACUAUCCAGGCGAUUUCGGAGAGUUUAGAAGAAUAAAAGUAUACGGCGUUCAAAUAUAUGAUCAUGACUUUUAUAUUUACAGCAUGUGUAUGCCCUUUGCUGGUGUAUAUUAUUUUAAACUCGAAAAAAAGUUCUCUUAUUCAACAAUACCAGCUUUGCUCUUCAAAGAGUUACCAAAGUUCGCCUCAAACUUGUGGACGAUGCGAGAUAUGAUUAUUUCGAGUACUAAGAGUAUAAUGUCUUAUAUUACAAAUCCUAUUUCCGAAUCAAGUGAUGAUGAUUCUAAGAUCGAUAAAGUGAAAACUUCUCCUAGAAAAAAGAAGAAUAAUUAG